CAAGCUGCAGAUCAAGAGAAUGAGUCUCUAAUACGCUUCUGCCUUGGAGAAUAUUUGUCUCUGCUGAUGGGGUUUUACAGAAAGGAGGUGAAAGGAGCAGCUAUGAGUUUAACAGCAGUGAGUGGUUUUAUCAUCUUCUGUCUCACUGUACAAGUGGGACAGACUGGAUGGUCUGUGACUUAUUCAAGAACUCAGAUCUGUGCAGUAAAAGGCUCAACCGUGACCAUAGGCUGCAGCUACAGUUAUCCAUGGGGCGCAAAGACAAUACAAAAAAUAUGGUUCACCAAAGGGAGCAAUACCGAACCUGUGGACUUACUACGUGACAGAGACUACAAUAAUCGUGUGAAAUACAGUUACCCCAAUGAAGACUGCACAUUGACCAUUACAAAUGUGAAAGAGAGUGACUCAGCUGAGUACAAGUUCAGGUUUGUAACAGACCGACAAGAUGGACGUUACACUGGUUCACCUGGAGUCACUUUGUCUGUCACAGAUCCAAGGGUCCAGGUGAGCCAAAGCGAAUAUUAUCAAAACCCCAAAACACUCAGUUGUGAAGCCAGCUGUGUGUUGCCUAAAAACCCAUCCUACAUCUGGUACAAGAAUGAAGAAAAACAGUCGCGCACAGGUCGUGACAUUAAUGUAUGGGACUCUUCUACAACAGACAGCUACUCAUGUGCUAUUCAAGAACAUGAGGAUUUCCCUUCUCCACCAGUGUGUGUCGUCGGUCACACAUGCAAAAGAGUGACCUACACCAAGAGAAGCAUAUGUGCCCCAGCAGGCUCCACAGUGGACAUUUCCUGCACUUACAACAGCGGAGAUCAGUCUAUUACAUCAGCGUUCUGGUUUAGAAAUCAGGAGCAUUAUUACCCACAGCCUCAGGAUCUCAGUGGAGACUCCAGAUACACAGGACGUGCUCGGGUCUUUCAAACACAACAAGGACAGUCCACCCUGAGAAUCAUUGACCUGAGAAACAGCGAUUCAGCCCAGUAUCGCUUCAAGUUCACAACACCGAGCCUUGAAUGGAGGAGCAGUUUACCGGGUACAACUCUGACUGUCACAGGUAUUACGGUGCAGAUAACUCCUUCUUCAGCAGUAGGACCAGUGCUGCAGUGUCAAACUAAUUGCCCUGUGUCUGAUGCUUCAUCCUAUGUUUGGUACAAAAACGGAAAACAAAUAGAUGGAGAAAGGUCUUUUCUUUAUCCAGGCACAAGUGACAGUAACAAUUACAUCGACAGCUUUUCUUGUGCUUUGAAAGGACAUGAAGAUUUUCCCGCAAACUCAGUGUGUAUCAAUGGUAGAUUCUGCUUAAGAGUGAAUUACAAUCAAAGAAGCAUAUGUGCCCACAAAGGCUCCACAGUGGAUAUUUCCUGCACUUACAGUGGAUACAGCUUUAUCACAUCAGAGUUCUGGUUUAGAAAUCAGCAGCAUUAUUACCCACAGCCUCAGGAUCUCAGUGGAGACUCCAGAUACACAGUACAUGUUCAGGAUUUUCAAACACAACGACAUUCCACUCUGAAAAUCACUGACCUGAGAGAGAACGAUUCAGCCCAGUAUCGCUUCAAGUUCAGGACAUCCAGCUUUGAAUGGAACAGUAGUUUACCGGGUACAACUCUGACUGUCACAGCUCUGCAGGUUCAGGUGAUCCGAUUGGAAGUAGAACGGUCUCAAACAAGAGUGGAGCUCAGGUGUCUCAGCAGCUGCUUACCAACUGGUCAUCUUUACUAUGUCUGGUUCAUAAACGGACAGAAACAGAGUGCACAAUAUUCGUUUUCUUAUAAACGCUUGUCUUCACCUGGAGAAAAUAUCAGCUGUGCCUUCUUGAGAUAUGAAAACAAUCGCUCUCCAUCAGUGUAUGCUCCAAAGGGUGUCCUGGUGUCAAAGAACACCUCAGAUGAAAUCAGGGAGGGCAGUCCAGUGACGCUGACCUGCAGCAGUGAUGCUAACCCGGCACCUAAUUAUACCAUAUCCAGGAGGAAUGUAAAUCUAAGCCUUGAGUCUGUUCAUCAAGGACCAGACCUUGUCUUCAGGUCCAUCCAAUCCUCUGAUUCUGGAGAGUAUUAUUGUGUAGCUGAGAACGAGCUGGGGAGGGCGACGAGCUCUCACAUUGUUAUUGAUGUGAAAUAUCCUCCUAAAUCUUCCUCUAUAUCAGUGAGCUCCACUGGUAACAUAGCGGAGGGCGAUUCAGUGACUCUGACCUGCACCAGUGAUGCUAAACCAAAAGCUCAUCAUACGUUAAACAAGGGGAAUCAAACCCUACCUUUACAACCAGGAGGCAUCUAUUAUUUCACCUCCAUCAGCCCUGAGGACACCGGAGUCUACUACUGCACAUCUAACAAUACAUAUGGCCAGGCUAACUCUUCGUCUCAUUUCCUAGAUGUCCAGUAUCCUCCUAGAAUUCCCUCCAUGUCUGUGAGUCCGUCUGGUCACAUAGUGGAGGGCAGUUCAGUGACUCUGACGUGUAGCGGUGAUGCUAACCCAGCAGCUCGUUACACCUGGUACAAGGAGGAUGAAGACUCACCAGUGGUAUCAGGACAGGUCCACACUAUUGCAGAAUUUGGACAGGAACAUAGUGGGAAUUAUUAUUGUGAGGCCGAGAACAGCAGAGGACAUAAUCGCUCUGUCUCACAUCAAGUUGUUUUGGCAAGUUCAAUGAAAACAGCAACUGCUGUUUCAGUUACCUGUGUUACCCUGUUUGUCAUACCACUUGCUGUUUUGCUAUAUAUGAGAAGAAAGAGGUCCUCAAAACAGCCAGCUGUGAUCAGACAAGAAAGACCAGACAAAAAAGAACAGCCUGACACAGGUGAUGUUCAUGUGACACCAGCCACCCAGGAGGAUGAUCUUUGCUACAGCACUGUAGCCUUCACUAAAAAUAAAAAUGAGGAAGACCCUCUGUACUCCAACAUCGGCACAGUUCAGCUGCACAGACGUAGGGAAGAGGAUGAAGAAGAGGAGAAUGUGGAGUACAGUGUCGUCAACUUGAAGUCUGACAGUGCUACAACAGGAUUAGAAGAAGCUGAAGAGGAUCCAUCGACACUGUAUUCUACAGUCAACAAAAUACAAAAAAAUAGGAACAUGGACUGAAUAUCUGGCCUAGUUUUAUAUUUAGAAAAUAGAUAUAAAACACUGGUAUAAUAAUUGUGGUGGAAAAAUUUACUUUUUAUAUUUUAUACUCUUUAUAUUUUAUACUGUUAGUACAUCUUCUUUUAAUGCUGAGUCAUUAUUCAUUAUGUGUGAUGUUUACCACUCUGUAACACCCCCAA